UUGUGCGAGCCGUUGGAUGGGGCUGAGCCGGGUGGGCGUACGGCAUCGCUGCGGUCGACGUGAGCGGUAGCGCGGCGAGCCUGGGACUUCUGCCCCGCGCCUGGUGAGGACGUGCCCGGGGACGGACAGAGGUGUCACGGGCGGCCGGUAAAAUGAAUGAAAAUAAACCUGAUAAUUCACAAAGUCUUGCUUGUGUUUUCUGCCGAAAAAAUGAUGAUUGUCCCAAUAAAUAUGGAGAAAAGAAGACAUGUGAAAAAUGGAAUUUUAGUGUCCACUACUACUGCUUGUUGAUGUCAAGUGGAAUUUGGCAGAGAGGUAAAGAAGAAGAAGGAGUUUAUGGCUUCCUAAUAGAAGACAUCAGGAAGGAAGCCAAUAGAGCUUCCAAACUGAAGUGUACAGUUUGCAAGAAGAAUGGUGCUUCAAUUGGAUGUGUGGUGCCCCGGUGUAAACGAAGUUAUCACUUGCCUUGUGGACUUCAGAAAGAAUGUAUUUUCCAGUUCACUGACAAUUUUAAGUCAUUUUGCUGGGAACAUCGACCCGUUCAAGCAAUUACAUCUAAUAAAUAUAGUAGUUCUUUACCAUGUACUAUCUGUUUGGAAUUUGUUGAGCCUAUACCUACUUAUAACAUACUACAAAGUCCCUGUUGUAAGAAUGCUUGGUUUCAUAGAGACUGUUUACAGGUUCAAGCAAUAAAUGCAGGAGUGUUUUUCUUUAGAUGUACACUAUGCAAUAAUACAGACAUCUUUCAGAAAGAGAUGUUGAGAAUGGGAAUUCAUAUUCCUGAAAAAGACGCAUCCUGGGAGUUAGAAGAAAAUGCCUACCAAGAGCUGCUGCAGAGCCACGACCGCUGUGAUGUUCGAAGAUGUCAUUGCAAAAAAGGCCGAGACUAUAACGAACCUAACAGCAAAUGGGAAGUAAAGCGAUGUCAGUGUUGUGGUUCUAGUGGAACACACUUAGCCUGUUCCUCACUACAGUCUUGGGAACAAGAUUGGGAGUGUUUGGAUUGUAGAAGAAUUACCUACACUUCAGAUUUCCAAAAGGCCCCCAAACACCCAUUAGCCAACUCUACUAAUGUGACAGUUACUGACUGCUUGUUGGAAGAGUCAUCACCUAAGCUCCCCAGACAGUCAACUGUAGCCCAGCAUAAAGAAUUACUGAGGCAAGGCAGCAAAUUUAGGAGAGACAUUUCAACAAUAUUGAUAGAGUUAGGAUUCCAAAUUAAAAAUAAAUCUAAGACAUUAUACAUCAACAAAGCCAAUGUGUGGAGGAGUGCCUUAGAGCAGUUCCAGAGCCAGAAGUUUAACCCUUCAUGCUCCAUUGACGUAGUGUAUGUUAAUGGCAAUGAGGAGGUUGGAAGCCAGCAUCUUGGAUCAAAGCAGGAAUUUCUGAGUCACUUAAUGCACCAUCUUGAGAAUUCAUCAGUGUUUGAAGGGUCCUUGGCAAAGAACUUGUCUCUAAAUUCUCAAGCCAUGAAAGAGAAUCUUUACUAUGAAGUUGGCAAAAUGCUUGCCAUUUCUUUAGUUCAUGGUGGUCCUUCACCUGGUUUCUUUUCUGAAACCUUGUUUAACUGCCUUGCUUAUGGACCAGAAAAUACUCUGCCAACAUUGGAUGAUGUUUCAGACAUUGAUGUGGCACAGAUUAUAAUCAAGAUAGAUUCUGCAGCUGAUUUAAACAUUUUAAAGUCAGUAAUAAAUGAACACUAUAACUACUUAGAGGUCAGUGGAUGUUUAAGACUUAUGACGUCACUGAGUGAUAAAUACAUGUUGGUAAAAGACAUCCUUUUCUACCAUGUAAUUAAGAGAGUCAAGGCACCUUUUGAGAGUUUUAAACAGGGUCUGAAAACGCUUGGUGUUUUAGAGAAAAUUCAAACUUACCCAGAAGCAUUUUAUAAGAUCCUCUGUCAUAAACCUGAGAAUCUCCCUGUAAAAAAUCUCAGUGACCUGUUCACAGUUCACACAUUACCGGACAUACAGACUUUGAGAUUUUGGAACAGUUACUUAAAGGCUAUAGAGGAUGGUAAAUCUUCAACAACAAUGGAAGAUAUUCUUAUUUUUACAACUGGUUGUAGUUCUAUCCCACCAACUGGAUUUAAACCCUCUCUGUCAGUUGAAUGUCUACAUAUGGAUUUUCCUGUUGCAUACAAAUAUAAAAACUGUUUAGUUCUACCAGUCACCAACACAUAUGAAGAGUUCCAAGAAAAUAUGGAUUUCACCAUAAGAGACACUCUAAGACUAGAAAAGGAAGAAAGGUCUCAUUCACUACCUUGGACAUUACAUGUUUCUUCUAAUGAAGAAAUGCUUAUUUAAAGGCUGCUAUUGAUACCUAUUUUUAUUAAUCAUGACUUUUGAACAUUUUGGCCAGCUUCUUGGCGCAACAAGAUUUAUGACCUUCUCAUAAAGGGAUGGUGUGGCUUCCGACCGACUGAAAGCUUGGUUAAGGCCUUCUAGUCAUGUUGGGUAGUAGCUUUCUAUUGCUGUGCUACCUUCGUAACUCCAGUAUGAAUAUUUUCUAUUACUGUGCUUUCUUAAUAACUUCAUAUAUUUUUAGAAUGGUUGUACAAACCGUUCAGCUGUACAGAUGCUCAGCUAUAUUAGCAUGACAUAUGAAAAACUGUUUUCUCAAUUUUUAUAAAUUAGAGAUAUUUUUUAGGAUGACACUCUCUAGUUUCGUGCAGCUAUCAGAUUUGUUUUGUUUGUUCUCCUUCACUGUUUGUAGUUUGUUUGUUUGUUUGUUUGUUUUGUUUUUCUCUACAGAGUCCUGGUUGUCUUGGAACCUGGCUAUGUAGAACAAGCUGUCAAAUUAAAGCAUUAAAUAGAAAAGUUGGCUACGUCACCUCAUAAAUCAGAUAUUUUUAAAUGUUUUUCAAUUAAGUGACCAAUAUAACAAAUAAUGACUAAUUGGAAUAGUGUAUUAAAAGCAAGGCUUUACAAAUAACUCUAAAACCUAUGUGUCCUCCUUAAGCUUAAAAUUGUGGCUGAGGGGUUUUCAGGUGUGUUUCAAAAUCCCUUAGAAAGUACAGACUGUUUAUGUCCUUUUGUAGUCAGAAUGUCUCAUGCUCGAAACCAUCUAGGUGUCUGAAGAAUCUCUGGACUAUCAUAUGGUUUCACUACAUAACUUCUAUUUAUUAUUAAGAUUGUUGUAUUAUUGGUAAGAUCUCACCAUACAUAGCAUUCUAUAGUUACCUUCUUUUGCUUUUGAAAGAUAUACAUUGUAUAAUCAAAGAAUAAAUUAUAAUUUAAAACUACAAAUGAAAAGAAAUACUCUAAUUUUGCCACAUAGAGAUAAUGUAUUUUGUAUAUUCUUUAUAAACUAUUUAUUUUUCAAUUUU